UUACAUACCUAUCUAAUAAAACAUAUAGGUGUCCUUCAGGGGCAACUGCUAUUGCUGGAGUCACAACACGUGAAUGAGUAACAACUCCAUAACACGUUUUCAGUACAAAUAAAAGUAAAGUUCACUGGCCAGUCUUCAAAUAAUUAACAACUCUUUCCUUCACAAAGACAGAAAGAAGUGACCUUUUCCAGCAAGACACAAGCUGUUUUUCUCCAACUCGAAUCAUCCCCUGGAAUAAUUGGAUCAGCUCUGCCCACCAGCAGACCUUUUGUCUUCUAUGAAACAACAUGGAAAGGAAUCUUAAGAAUGUUUUGGUCAUUUCUUUCGGAUUUUUAUUCCUCUUUACUGCUUACGGAGGACUCCAAAGUCUACAGAGCAGUCUCAACUCAGAAGAAGGCCUGGGUGUUGCUUCCCUAAGCAUUCUCUAUGCUGCGCUCAUCUUAUCAUCUAUGUUCCUCCCUCCAAUCCUCAUCAAGAAGCUGGGCUGCAAGUGGACCAUUGCAAUCUCUAUGUGCUGCUACAUUGCAUUCUCCUUAGGGAACUUCUAUGCUAGCUGGUACACACUAAUCCCUACAUCUGUGAUCCUGGGCUUAGGAGGAGCACCACUCUGGUCUGCCAAAUGCACUUACCUCACCAUUGCUGGCACUUCUUAUGCCGAGAAAGCAGGAAAAAAUGCAAAAGACAUUAUCAACCAAUAUUUUGGGGUCUUCUUUCUGGUAUUUCAGUCCUCUGGCGUCUGGGGAAAUCUUAUCUCAUCCUUGAUAUUUAGCCAAUCUUCCACCAAAGUGGAAAUCUCAGAAGAAGACCUGGCAUGCUGUGGAGCAUACAACUGCCUGGCUGAUACCACUAACACCACUGAUUCAGCAAAACCCUCCCACUCCUUAAUCUACACACUGCUAGGUGUUUACACUGCUAGUGGUGUGCUAGCUGUGUUGCUGAUUAUUAUAUUUCUGGACCAGAUCAAAUCUGAUCAAGCAGAGACUGAGAAAGAAAAACUAGAGAUACCAUCUUUUUGGUCUACAUUCCUAGCAACUUUCCAGCAUCUUAAAGAUAAAAGGCAGUGUCUUCUAAUCCCUCUGACAAUGUACAGUGGGUUUGAACAGGGAUUUCUUUCUGGUGACUAUACAAAGGCAUACGUGACCUGUGCGCUAGGGAUACAGUACGUUGGCUAUGUGAUGAUCUGCUUUGCAGCUGUAAAUUCCCUCUGCUCUCUGCUCUUCGGAAAGAUCUCUCAGUUCACGGGUAGAAAACUUCUAUUUGCAUUAGCCACAGUUACAAACACCGCCUGUAUAAUAGCACUACUGCUGUGGAAACCUCAUCCUAAGCAGCUCGCUGUGUUUUUUGUAUUCCCUGCUCUUUGGGGCCUAUCUGAUGCUGUUUGGCAAACACAAACUAAUGGACUCUAUGGCAUUUUAUUUGAGAAACACAAGGAGGCUGCCUUUGCAAAUUGCCGUCUCUGGGAAUCACUUGGAUUUGUCAUCGCCUUUGGUUAUAGCACCAAAUUGCAAGUUUACAUCAAACUGUACAUUUUAUUGUCUGUGCUUGUGUUGUCUAUGGUUACAUAUGGAGCAGUUGAAUGCCUUGAGGCUAAGAGCUCCCCUGGGACACCUACUGCUACGAAGAAGGAAAAUGGAGGACCCCUGACCCAAGAAACACACAUGUAAUCCAACAGGGUCAGAGUGAUAGAGGCAAAGCAAACAAACUGGCCAGUUCCUAUGUCUCCAAGGGCAUUCCAAAAUGUAUUGCCUCCAGAAAGAUGGUAAUGGAACAGAUUUCAAGGCCAAUAUAAUACAAAUGUCGUAAAAGUAAAAAUCUCUUUUGACGUCUCAGCUUUAUAAGGGAAGACUAUCUGACUUCGCCCUUUCAUGCAGAUGACUAACUAAAUGUUGUGUAUUUUUUUAAUUAAUAAAGUCUUAAUAAAUGUAAA